AACCGACUGCGCCACCCAGGCGCCCCUAAAAUGUCUUUCCAUCCUCCACCUUCCACCUAUCACCCUCAUGAAGGAAAAUAAUCCCCUGGCCUUUGGGGUCAUGCAGCUGUUUAUGUGACCUUGAGGACGUCCGUAUGUCACAAUGGACAGUGAGUUAUUCCUUCACACUAAGCGUUAGCAGAUGCCAGGCUAGCCCACGGGGCUACCAGAUGAAUGAGACCCAGCCCUGCAGAUUCGUAAACAAGAUGGCCACAUAAACAUAACUGUAAAGCAAGUGAUUGCCGAGCAGAAUGGUGUCCCUCUCCUCUGGUUUCUGUCUUUGGGAAUCUGGCUCCUUUUUGGGAUUCCAUCCUGUAGGUCAAGUGCUGCCGCCCUCACCAAGCAAACCGGAAACAAGCAGAGAUCUUCCCUGGAGGCUACACCAGGUAAGGUUUCCCUUGAUGUCGAAUAUACAUAUGAAAAUGUGCACAGAUUAUAAAGAUGAAGCUCAAUGAAUUUCUAGAAGUUAAACACAAGUAGCAUUCAGAUCAAGUCAACAAAACGUUACCAGAGCUGUGGGAGUCUCAUGUUCCAGCACUGACCCCUCCCAAGGAAGUUGGGAAUAAAAUCCCAGCACAAUGCUCCUCACCGGGGCCACCGAUCCAACUGAAGAUGAGACGGCGGACAAGCCUCCCAGGUGUUCACUGCCAGAAUUUUAUGCAUUUCUUGAGAAUUUUAAUAAGGAGAGCAAGAAAUCGAGUCUCCGAAAAACUCACGGUAUUUCACCUAGUGAGGCACAGGAAAUGCUUAGUCAAAACCUCAAUGCCAUGUCAUUCACCAGUGGAGCUGAUGUGAGGGAUGAAGACCCCCGGCCCAUUUUCACGUGCAAGGUGGUUAGAAAAGAAAAGGAGCAACCAGAAUCGAUGACCGAACUGCUAUACCGAAGCUUGUUGACCAGCUCAACCUCUCCGGGGAAGGGACUCUCCAGAUCCCAACAGAGGCUCUUGCGGAGUGGGAUUCCUCCCCCUGCACACACUUUUCCUCAUGAGAUUCUCAUCGAUCACUCCAGCUCCUCGUCACUGUUCCCCACGCAGAAGACUCAGAGAAUUAACAUAUUACACGGGCUGGGCAUUUCCAGGAUCAUGCCAGAAAAUUUCACCUUUGAGCACAAAAUUGCUAAGUACUUCUUAGUUGAUCCAGAAAAACAAUUCAUGGAUCUAAGGGAUCUGGAGUGGAGGUAUUACAAGGGGAUCGUGAAGUGCAAGCACGGUACUUCAGAUUCAUUCAUAAAUAUAAAAUACAACAGUGAGAAGAGAUUUGUGGAGAGCCAGCAGAUGCCUGGUGUUAUUUCCCCCCCUCUAGUUUAUAGGUCUUUAGUCAUUUAUCCUCAGGUUGAUUAUCCAAAAAGUACAACUUCCUCUUAAAUAAAACAUGUAGCUUAUUAAAAUA